GUAGGUUCAAACGAUGAUAAAAUGGCCGAAACCGCAGUCAACUUCAAAAUAGUUGGUCGUCUCUGUCGUUCUUGUGUCGAGUGAGUCAGGAAUUUGUAUAAAAGUUCCGUAACAGCUGGAUUUAAAGCAUCAUGAGUGAAUCAGAUUUGGAGUGCUUGGUAGGAAAGCGUCAAAGUCGUCCAUCAAUGGACGAAGACACUGAUGCCUUAGAUCAGAGAAGAAAGAAAAAAAGAAAGCACAAGCAUCACAAGCACAAAAAGGACAAAACUUUAGAGAAGGAUGAUGGAAAAACGGAUCGAAGAAAACACAAGAAACACAAGAGACCCAAAAAGGAAAGAGACACAGAAAAUGGCACCAGUGAGGAGAAAACUUUUCCUACAAGAACGGUCAUUAUCACACCUAAGGAAACGCACGUUAAUGGGAAAAUUCAUGCACCCAUGGAAGUCGUUUCAACCGAAGAGAGCGAAGAUGAAAAAUUGGUGGAUUUGGACUCCGAUGAAGUUGAUUGUACUAUCAUCGAAGAUGAUAUAGAUCUUGAGGAAUUGAUGAAACAAAAGGAACGGCUACAAGCGUGUUUGGUGCAGUAUCUAUCCGACGAAUCGGAAAAGGAAGGAAAAGCGGCGGUGCGCGAGGAGUCGAAAGUUGCAGAAACACCGGACGUUAUACUGGUGGAAGAUGAUAGCGGCGACGAGAGUGCACAGCGUAAGAAGCGUUACAAAAGCCGAUCGGGAAGUCGCGAACGCAAACGGGUUGUCAAAACGGAAAGACGCGUCGUUGUUGACAUGACGAGGGAACGACGAGUCCGGGAAGAAUCGAAAGACAACAAGAGGAAGAGGACUGAUGAUGUUGAAAGAAGGAGAGUUGAAGAAAAAAGCCGAACGAGAGAGGACGUGAAAAAAGAGGAACCGCGAAGAGGAGCAAGGGAAGUCCGCAAAGUCGUCGAAACACGUCCACGUGAGGACGUGAGGAGAAGGACUGAGGAAGAAAGGCGAAAGGAUUCAAUAAAACGUGAAGAGCCUCGGAAGAGGGAACAUGAGCAAAGAGAGGAGGAUCGUAAGAGGGAGAAUGAUCGACGAAACAGUCGAAAUGAAGGGAAUUCCCGUGACGCGAGGCCAGAAGUGAGGCAGCACAUGCCAGCAACGAACAAACGAGAUAACAAAGAGAAUGACAGGAACCCAAGCAGAGAUAGGCCGAGUCGUGACCGACCGUCGAGCCGGGAUCGAAACGGUAGUCGCGACAAGCGUCCCGAGAGUCGAGAUAGACAUGGAAAUCGGGACAGACCGAAUAGCCGUGAUAGACGAGACAGUCGUAACAACGACAGAGGUCGUGAGCGAUCACCCAGUGCAAGAAGAUCUCGAAGUCCGGGAAGGAUGAAAACGGCGGAUCGUGAGCGAGGAGGUGAUCGUUAUCGAAGGUCGAGAUCGAUGUCUCGCGGCAGACGAGAUCGCGAUCGUUAUGGACGCGAGUGGGACAGGGGCAGAGAAAAAAAUGGUAAACGAGAACGUGGCGAUAAAUAUAAGGAUUCUCUUUCAGAAGGACUCAAGAUUGAAAGAUCUGAGAGCUCCAGCGAAGAGGAAAUCAAGGACAUUGAUAUCGAAGAGGAGGAAGACGAGGAAGCUAUUAUCGACCGAAGGAGGAAACAGAGAGAAGAAUUACUCAAGAGAUUAGGAGGACCCAACGAGGACUCGAAUCUCUCAGUUGAUCUCAGCGUGGCCAUCACCACACCCCGAACAGAUACGCGAUCGCUCGUUGUAUCGCCAAAAUCUGUCGAGGUCGUUUCCAACAACAAUGAAUCGGCGUCGGAGAGUCACACACCCCCAAUCCCAGAGGCCGUCAAGUCCUCGCCCCAAGCAACGAAAAAGCGAAAAUCACGAUUCGCUGAUGCACCACCAGCAUCCGAUGGGGUGAAUGAAAAAUACGGAGAACUUUCCAGCGUUGAUAAAUCGAAACUCGUUGACGAUAAAUCGACCACGAAGAAGGCGAAUGAGUGGGACAUGUUUGCUGAGGCUGACAAUAUCGGAGACUUUAAUAGUCCCACGGUGGAGGGUAAACGACAAGGAGGUCCGGACAAUCCGAGCUUGACCGACAAUUGGGACGAUGCUGAAGGAUACUACAGAGUUCGUGUUGGCGAAACCCUCGAUUCUCGUUACGUCGUCUAUGGUUACACGGGCCAAGGAGUAUUCAGUAACGUCGUUAGGGCGCGAGACAGCGCAAGGGGAAACCUCGACGUUGCUGUGAAAAUUAUAAGGAACAACGAAAUAAUGCACAAGACAGGCUUGAAAGAGUUGGAAGUCUUGAGGAAACUCAACGAUGCCGAUCCUGAGGAUCGUUUCCAUUGUUUGAGAUUGUUCAGACAUUUUUUCCACAAAAAUCAUCUGUGCAUGGUCUUCGAACCUCUGGCGAUGAAUUUACGCGAGGUUCUGAAGAAAUAUGGGAAAGACGUUGGUUUGCACGUGAAAGCUGUAAGAUCGUACACGCAACAGCUGUUUUUGGCAUUGAAACUUUUGAAGCGUGCGAACAUAUUGCACGGGGAUAUAAAACCGGACAAUAUUCUAGUCAGCGAAAGCAAACUCGUACUGAAAUUGUGUGAUUUUGGUUCGGCGUGUCAUGCUCACGAGAAUGAAGUCACGCCGUAUCUCGUAUCCCGAUUCUACAGAGCCCCGGAAAUUAUUCUUGGUAUACCGUAUGAUUUUGGAAUUGACAUGUGGUCAGUGGGAUGUACAAUUUAUGAAUUGUACACCGGGAAGAUCAUGUUCUCGGGAAAAACGAACAAUCAAAUGUUGAAAUUCUUCAUGGACCUCAAAGGAAAAAUGCCGAACAAGCUGAUAAGAAAAGGCACUUUCAAAGAGCAACACUUCGAUACUAACUGCAAUUUCCUGUAUCACGAAGUCGAUAAAGUCACUGAGCGGGAAAAGGUUGUAGUGAUGUCGACGCUGCCAGCAUCACGUGACCUCGGCGCGGAGCUCGGAGGUAAUUCACUACCGCCGGAGCAAAAUAGGAAAGUGACACAACUGAAGGAUCUGCUGGAACGCACCUUGAUGCUCGACGCUGGCAAACGGAUUACAGUCAAUCACGCCCUGGCUCAUCCCUUUAUACAAGAAAAGAUCUAGAUGAGACUACGAUACGAAUCACAUCGUUAAACGUGGGCGGACCUAGCAAGGGCCUUUAGCACUGUUCCCGUUGCAAGCCCUCCCUGUGAGGAGGGGAGGCGAUGAUGGGGAUGACGGAUUACGAUUGAGAACGCGACGGCCUCUCCAAGUGAACGAGCUUCUUUGUUCUGGAGAUAUCACGUGAGAAAGUCAACGCUUGCUCAAUAUCUAUCUGGCAAUACGUUAAUCACGUUUAUCGUCGAUCCAAAACCUCGAGGAUUACGUUUUUAUUGGGUAAUAACGAGAAAUACUACUUAAAUUAUUUUCUUUAAUUAUACGAAGACGCGUAAGUAUCACCAACAGGUAAGAAAUACUAAUUUAUAAAAACAAAUCUUCAUUUUUCAUGUUUGUAUUUAAUCGGACAAAUUCAACGAUUUUUCUCUCGAAUUAGUGCUACUUUCGUGUGCAGUAAUAAUAUCAUUUUUUUAAAGCAGAUCGUAGAAUUGGUCCGAACCACGAAUGAGCUCAAUUUAAUUCCCACGAUUCUGAGUUUUCAGGUUCAUGGAGCUUCGUUUUUUACGAACUUGGAUUCAAGGAAAGUUCUCAAUCUCCAGUCGCCAACCAAACUGUUCACUCUUUUAGCCAUCUUCAGUCUUUUCAAUGAAUAAAAAUCAUUCUAUGAAUGCAA